AUUCACUAUAUCUGGUCUUCCACAGUACACAGAAAAUGGAAGUGGAAUUAUUUUAGUAAAUAUAAACUGUUAAAUACAUUUUCUCAUUAGCCAGUGUCCAGCAGAGCACGUUAAAGCUUGUAGGAAGAGUUUUCAUUCUGCUCUAGGAGGAUGCAGAACCCCUGACCUCUGUCUGAACAGCGCUGAUUUACGCUGUGCUGAUCACAUGCACUCUCCCAAAAAGAAGAAAAAUAUCUCUAGCAAUACACACCAAACUGAGCAUGUGCAGAUUGACUCCACACGAUAUGUCUUAUCAGGAGAUAAAAGGGGAACACUGGAAGAAGGGAAGGAUCACAGAAGUCAGGAUCAAACAGCAUUUUUACACAAUGCAGAGGAUUAACCCCUUAGGUUCCACAGUGAGUAUAACAAGCAUGCUUCACUGCAUAUACAGACUGAUUUUAUUGUUGUGGGUUUAG